AUGGCUGAACGGCUAAAGGUCGAGCAAGCGGUGGCCAUCAAAGGCUUCUUUCCUGGCCAAUGUCUCCAUAGACCUGCCCGGGUCCAGUUUCCCCGUCCGGUGAUCAACAUUUCUUGCGGGAGCCACCACAACCUAGCCGUCAACAACCAAGGCAAAACCUACCGCUGGGGCCUUGGUCAGAGCAACGAGCUCAGCCAGGGAAAAGAAGAUGAUGGAAAAGAGAUUGAGCUUUCUUAUACCCCCAAAAUCCUUACCAGCAAGGGCUCUGAGCCCGGAUCGCUGAAAUCCAUCAGAUGCGUCGCCGGCGUUACUCAUUCUCUAUUGAUAGCCGCAGCCAUUCCACCUACUGCUGAGAAUAAGGGGACCUUCUGA